AUGGCUUAUGAGUAUAUGUUACGAACGAAAGCUUAUAUUGAAAUUGUGAAUUUAAAUAAACCACAUUGUCAAGGAAAAGUUCGACAUUUAUUGAAUACGAUGACAGAUAGUAUAAAAUUAUUACUAGAAAAUCUCUAUGAACAUCAAUUGAUCACAGCAUUUCAAUAUCAACAAACGCAUAUACAACGUUCUCUUGUACGAUUAGAUUAUCUCUUCUUUCAACUUGACCUACAUCAACAAGAACAGCAAUCAUUAGUCAUGGAACCAAAAACGAUUUCUACUUUAAGUCCAUUAAUGCCUAUCUGUCGUUAUUUAUAUCGCCUUUUAGUUCCAAUCUAUUAUAAUCAAGUUGCUCAUCUGAUGACUAUUGAUAAUGGUGCUGAUCUAAUUCAACGUUUAGAAAAUUAUCAAGAAAAAGAUUAUUUACAAUCGACAAUCUAUUUCAUUACUCUUCAUAUUAAACAUCCUCAUACAUCAAUCACACAUGCACAAUUAUUGCACACGUUAAAAUGUUUUCUUGAUGACUUUAUUCGGGAAGAAACUAUACAAGGCAUGAACACGAUGGCUAUUUUAAAAUUAACAGAAUUUCUUCUCGAACAUCAAUAUUUCGUUUAUGAAAAUCAUAUCUAUCAACAAGUUUGUGGUGGUGGUACAGGUUUAUAUUUCAUGGAACUUUUAAUUGAUAUCUAUUUAUUCUAUUGGCAACAACCAUUAUUACGGUUAGAUCAUCAAGAUCAACAUGAAAUAUUUGUUCGCUGCUUUAAUGAUAUAUUUUUGACAUGGAAUGAAUCGAAAGAAAAAUUUCAUGAACUAUUAAAAACGAUGAAUAACAACGAUUCAUCCAUACAAUAUGAAGUCAAUGUACAAACGAAAGAAAUUCAUUAUUUGGAUGUAGAAAUUCAUCAUCAUUCUUCACUUCAAACCCGUGUAUAUCAUGAUUGGAAAUAUGAACCUUAUGUUUUACCGACACUCCAUGGUAUAUCUUCUAUUAGACCAUCGAAUACUCUUCGAAUGGCUCUUGUUCGUGCUGUUUUAUGUUGUUCACAAUUACAAGAUUUUCAAGAAGAACAACAAUAUAUUGAAUAUUCAUUUUUAUUUCAUCAAUUUUCAUUUAAUUUUAUUCAUCAACACAUCGAAGAUUUUUUUCUUGAUUUCAAUGCUUUCGAUUUGUCGUCCUAUCCUGAUCAAGCUACUUAUGAUGAACUUCGUCGCCAAGUUCGCCAAUGGAAUCAACAGAAACGAGAAGAAAAACGAAAACGUCUCGAUGAAGCACAAAAACAAUGUAUUUGGUAUAUUCAUUCCAGAUUAAAAGGCUUUGCCUUGCACAAUGCAAAACAAAAUCCAACCCAAUUCUUACCACGCUCGUUUCAUGAUGAUGUCAAUAGUUUAGAUGGUAUUAAAAUUGAAAUUGUCGGUAUACCUAACUAUCCACUAAAUACUAAAUGA